CAUCGACUUUUCUGCUCUUCUAUCAAAUACACCGAACUAACAUCAUCAAUAAUAGCGUUCACGGAACUCUUCUCUUCACAAAUAAAAAUGAAGUUAUACAUUAUCGCUAUUCUCAUGGUUGAAAUUGUUGUGGGGACAUCUGUAUUCAACAACGAAUAUUAUAUGAAUAAAAUUGAACAAUUUUGCGGUCAACGUUUAAUCAAUGAGCUGAACAUUCUGUGCAUGAGUAGAUACACCGAAACCACAGCUAGUAAAAGUCAAAGGCCAGAAAAGAGAAUCGUCGAUGUGUGUUGCAGUAAACCAUGUUCAAGAAAUUACAUGAAAACAAAUUUCUGUCUUCCCGAAACCGAAGAAUCGAUAAUAAUAGAUUCACCAAUAGUAAGUCCUAUAGAGGAAGUUGAUUACAUUGGUUAUUAUUUUGAACUUCUUGGACGUGUAUUAGAACCGAACAACAAGGAUUAACCAACUAGUAUACCUAUUUAUCG